AGCCGUCGCGUGCCACCGGAGCGUCGGAAGCGGACCGAGAUCAGUUGUGACAAGUGCAAGUCUAGAAAACAGAAAUGCCAACGUCCAGUAGAUCACGCCUCGUGCCGGUACUGCCAGACCCACGGCUUUGAGUGCGUGACGACACAGACGCGCAAAAAGCGCAACUAUGCGUCGGUGGAAGGAUUGGGCGCAAGACUUGGUCUGCUCGAGAGUCUGGUCAAGGGACUCGUGCCCGAGGUGGACACAUCAAGCAUCAAUGGCAUGCGAGCCCUGGGGAGCUCGCUCGGCAUCCCGCUACCGCCACCAGAGACCGUAGAAACGGUAGAGACGGCAGACGGCGACGAAAGCGCCGAUCAAGAACUCGCGCCAGCUUCGCCUGAGGAGAUGCCGGUACUGAGGGACCAGCAGGGGCAGACGCAGUACAUCGGUCCCGCGAGCAGUUAUCUGUUCCAGAUCAAGAUCCGCGCUCUCUUUGCAGGAGGCCAGCCUAGUGGUCAGGGGCAGUUCUUUCUGUUUGGGAGCAACCCGACAGAGAAGGCGUGGGUGGGCGAGGUGACGGGUCUGGGGCGCGAGUUGAGCUCGGGCCGGAGUCCAGUCACCAACACUUCCGAGUCGUCUUCCGGCAUGAUUGAGGAUGUUGCCGAGAGGGGCGAGACUUCACCCCAGUCGGCUCUGGGUGACAUCAUCGACGGCGUCGUUCCGGAUCCCCUCAUUGCGGCUUUUUUCGAUCACAUCCACGCCGACUUCCCCGUGCUACACGAGGCGUCUUUCCGGGAGGAUUAUGAGCGGUGUUGUCUGCAGCCGUCGUUGCUAACUUCGGAGGUCGACCCUACCUGGAUCUGCAGUCUCCUAUGCGUCUUGCUCCUGGGGAGACGCACCAUUCAAGUCGAUAAUAUGUCUUCACAACAAGGCCAAGAAGCCGAGGAUCGUUGGUGGCGCAAGGUGCAAGCUUUGUUGCCCAGCGUCAUCUUUAUAUCGAGCAUAUCAGCUGUGCAGGCCCUGUUGCUGGUGUCCCUGCACCUGAACAACACCAACCAUCGCGACUCCUGCUGGACAUUGACAGGAGCGGCCGUCCGGAUCGCCAUUGCCAUUGGUUUGCACCGAGACACCAAAGCUUCGACGCACACCCCGUUACAUCGCGAGCUGCGCAAGCGACUGUGGUGGACACUGUAUCAAUUCGAGCUGAUGCAGGCCGCCUCUCUCGAUCGCCCCAGCGCCAUCGACGAUGCAGCCUGCACGGUCAGCACUCCUCGAGAAGCUACUCUGGGAAUGGGGUCAUCUGAGAGCAUGGUCUAUUCGAGCCGACUGCUCGUCAUGCUUUCGCAAGCAUGUCGUGUCGUGCGCGUCAUGAACAACCAUGCCGAAGUCGGGGAGAAGAGUUACAGCGGCCCCCUAUCCCCAGCAGCGGCACUGAUCCGUGACCUGCAGCGAUGGAAGGAAAGUCUACCGAGACAUCUCUCUCUCGAUGCCGUAAGUGGACAGUCUCCUUCGUCACAGCGUACCGUCAUUUUGCUGCACGUACAAUACUAUCACGUCGUUUCCGUCGUGACGCGGAAUGCUAUGUUGGCGCUGGUGGCGUACGCUAAUGCCAUCAAGAGGCUCAGCCUCAAUCCAACCCAAAAUACUAUCUCAGACCUGUCAGACGUGUGUGCCGAUGGUGCCCAGGAAUCCGUCCGCCUCCUUCUCCGACUGGACUCCAUCGGUGGGUUUGACCCGGUGACAUGGUGGGACUUUUACUUCUUGUACGCCGCGGCUCUGGUGCUCGUGCUCAACAUCAUGUGUGAGGCGAAAAGGUCCAACGAUAUUCCAAUGUAUCGCUCCCGCUACCUGUCUACGGCUGUGUCUCUACUUGCCGCAUGUGCGGAGCUGGCGGCCAAGGUGCUCCGGGAUCCCAUGGUACCAGGGACGAAUCGGCGCUACGCAGUUGUCAUCGAUGAGCUGAACCGCAUGAGCCGAAAC